CCCCUACAAGAACUGAUUUCGUGUUGGCUUAUCAUGGAUAAAUCAGUCAACCUACUGGUAAUGCUAGGACAAGACGUACGCGUGUUACAAAAUAUAUAAUCAAAACAUAUACAAAGUUUGCGGUUAAAGUUGUAUAAGUACUUUUUAGUUGCUAUCGAAAGCAGAGGCAAAGAAUUUAGUUGCAUAACUUUCUUAUAUUACCAGCAAGUAUAAGCAAUGCAAUGCUAAUAACUUUGUGGUUUUAAAAAUUUAAAAUCAAAAAAUUUACGUGUCUGUGUGAAGAUGAAACAGAAAAGAGAUACAACAAUAAUUCUGGCCGUCAUGAUGGUGCUGAUCCGGAGUCCAGUAGCCAACUUAAAAAGUCCCAAUAACGCACAUACUCAGGAUACUGUGUCCGUGUCCUUGCCUGGCGACAUAAUACUUGGUGGGUUAUUCCCCGUCCACGAAAAAGGUGAUGGUGCUCCAUGUGGACCAAAAGUAUAUAACAGAGGAGUACAACGCCUGGAGGCAAUGCUCUAUGCUGUAGAUCGCGUAAAUAACGACUCUACUAUUCUUCCUGGAAUAACGAUAGGGGUCCAUAUACUUGACACCUGUUCAAGAGACACAUAUGCCCUUAACCAGUCUCUUCAGUUUGUAAGAGCAUCCCUCAACAACUUGGACACUUCUGUGUUCGAGUGUUCAGAUGCGUCAAGCCCACAAAUAAGAAAAAACGCUUCGUCGGGACCCGUUUUCGGAGUUAUUGGUGGAUCCUACAGUUCAGUGUCUCUGCAAGUAGCCAAUUUGCUGCGCCUGUUUCAUAUUCCACAAAUAUCACCGGCGUCAACUGCUAAAACCCUAUCGGACAAAUCACGCUUUGAUCUGUUUGCUAGAACAGUACCGCCAGACACUUUUCAAUCCGUAGCUCUUGUAGAUAUACUGAAAAAUUUUAACUGGUCAUAUGUAUCGACGAUACAUUCGGAGGGAUCUUAUGGUGAAUAUGGUAUUGAAGCUUUUCACAAGGAAGCCACCGAACGACACGUAUGCAUAGCGGUAGCCGAGAAAGUGCCAAGCGCCGCAGACGACAAAGUUUUUGACUCAAUAAUUGGCAAACUUCAAAAAAAACCCAACGCUCGUGGAGUUGUACUCUUUACAAGAGCAGAGGAUGCCCGCCGCAUUCUUCAGGCAGCUAAGCGAGCUAAUUUAUCACAGCCGUUUCACUGGAUAGCAAGUGACGGUUGGGGCAAGCAACAAAAAUUACUUGAGGGUUUGGAGGACAUUGCCGAGGGCGCUAUAACUGUAGAACUGCAGUCCGAAAUAAUCGAAGAUUUUGAUCGCUAUAUGAUGCAGCUGACGCCAGAAACAAAUCAAAGGAACCCUUGGUUUGCUGAGUACUGGGAGGACACGUUUAAUUGCGUUCUCGAACAAGUUUCGGAUCAACCUAAUGCACCAACCACUAUCAAUUCUACUGAGAUAAAGAUCGCCACCAAGUCUAAAACAACAUGCGAAGACAGUUUUCGGUUAUCUGAGAAAGUUGGAUACGAGCAGGAGUCCAAGACUCAAUUUGUUGUGGACGCUGUAUACGCAUUUGCCUACGCACUGCAUAAUUUACAUAAUGAUCGUUGUAACACACAAAGCGACCAAACGUCUGAACAGAGAAAGCACCAACAUAGUGAGUCUGUGUGGUACAGAAAACUAUCAACUGAUUCGAAGUCGCAGGCAUGUCCCGACAUGGCAAAUUAUGACGGAAAGGAUUUUUACAACAAUUACUUGUUAAACGUCUCAUUCAUAGAUCUUGCUGGCAGCGAAGUCAAAUUUGAUCGUCAGGGCGAUGGACUGGCAAGGUAUGAUAUUUUAAACUAUCAACGUUUGGAAAACUCUUCGGGAUAUCAGUAUAAGGUCAUUGGCAAAUGGUUUAAUGGAUUGCAACUAAAUUCUGAAACAGUUGUAUGGAAUAAGGAAGCUGAGCAACCAACUUCCGCCUGUUCACUGCCUUGUGAGGUUGGGAUGAUAAAAAAACAACAGGGAGAUACCUGUUGCUGGAUAUGCGACAGCUGCGAAUCAUUCGAAUACGUAUAUGACGAGUUUACCUGUAAAGACUGCGGUCCAGGACUUUGGCCGUAUGCAGACAAGCUUUCCUGUUAUGCUUUAGACAUUCAGUAUAUGCGAUGGAACUCGUUAUUUGCCCUAAUUCCCAUGGCCAUAGCCAUGUUCGGUAUUGCUGUGACAAUUAUAGUAAUGGUACUAUUUGCAAAAAAUCAUGAUACUCCAUUGGUAAGGGCGUCGGGGCGGGAGUUAAGUUAUACUCUUCUCUUUGGUAUUUUGGUCUGUUACUGUAAUACCUUUGCGCUGAUUGCUAAACCAACAAUUGCCUCAUGUGUUCUGCAGAGGUUUGGCAUUGGGGUUGGUUUCUCCAUUAUUUAUAGUGCUCUGCUAACAAAAACAAAUCGAAUUUCACGAAUAUUUCACUCCGCAUCUAAAUCAGCUCAGCGCCUUAAGUAUAUAAGUCCACAAUCACAGGUGGUAAUAACAACCUCUCUGAUCGCAAUACAGGUACUAAUCACCAUGAUUUGGAUGGUAGUUGAACCACCAGGAACUCGUUUCUAUUACCCAGACCGAACUGAAGUGAUCCUUAAGUGCAAAAUACAAGACAUGUCCUUCCUUUUUUCCCAAUUAUAUAAUAUGAUUCUCAUCACAAUUUGCACUGUUUAUGCAAUUAAAACCAGGAAAAUACCAGAAAACUUUAAUGAGUCAAAGUUUAUUGGAUUUACCAUGUAUACCACUUGUAUAAUCUGGCUAGCUUUUGUACCCAUAUACUUUGGAACAGGAAAUUCUUAUGAGGUGCAAACUACUACGUUAUGUAUUUCAAUAAGUCUGAGUGCAUCAGUGGCUCUUGUUUGUCUGUAUUCACCCAAGGUGUACAUCCUCGUCUUUCACCCGGACAAAAACGUUCGCAAGUUAACCAUGAACAGCACCGUCUAUAGGCGAUCAGCUGCAGCUGGAACUCAGGGUGCGCCCAGCAGCUCCGUAUAUAGUCGCACGCAGGCAGCCAGCACCACUGUACCGGCAGGAGGGGCGGUAGGUACUACAGCAUCAAGUACCCUUCCAACACAAAACAGCUCCAAUCUUGACGAACCUCCGGGCCAAUCAGCUGUUGCUCACAAAAGCAGUGAAUAUAGUAAUGGCGAAUUCUUGCCGGAGGAAUGCGAAUGUGCUGAGCCAAUCUGCGAACCAGUAAAGAAUUAAAUUUCAAGCCAAGGAAUAUCAUACUUCAAUAUUGAUUGACAACCGACGCUUUUUAGAAAAGACUAGUUAUCAUAUGGAAAUAUACAUCUUAAUUUUAGAUUAUUCUUCGGUAGUUAAACACGAAACGUAACUUUAUAAUAUCACGAUUAAAGUAAGCUAAUAUCCAUAUUCUGGAAUAGUUUAGUGAAAGAAAGAUCUCUAGAGAUUUAUAUAUUGAGCAGCGCUCCCAUUCGCCAAAAUAGGUAGUCUUUUUCAUCUGGAAUGAAGAAUCUUGAGAAAUUGUAAUUACAACCAAUAAAUGUAGGUGCUACAGAAUAUUGCAAUAAUUUGUAUCCCUAUACUCAUUAAGAAAAAUGGUACAUUGAAAAAUACGCAUGCUAAACUAUAGAAGUAAAAUUAAGCGUUUUCGAUCCUGUAAAUCAUGUUCCUGAUUUAACUUUUGAGACUUUUGUUUUCAUUUAGCUUUGGUCUUGUUUCUGUAACGUAUUCUCAACUAUGUAUAUAUCAAGCGAAGACACCUCCUAACGAGUUUUUAUUCAAGAAGAAGUGGGACG